UUUGACACAAAACAUGCCGAAGGAGUUCGACCGAUCUUCCAAACUCGAACUGUACGUCCACUAUUGCGCCAGACCAUUCCCCGACCCAGCUUAGGAAUGAGUCAUCUGGGGACCAAAAGUCGAUGCGUAGCAAGGAUCAACGAGAUGAGAGCAGAUUAUUUCCUACCUAUAGGACGAGUCCCGGUGCCGUGCCAAUAGUACCGGGGGGAGCGAAGAAAAAGAAGCCAGGACAGGGUUCGAUGUUUCAACCUAUAGACAAGAUCUCGACACAAAGAUCCCGGGACAGUGGGCCAGUUCGAGCACGGGGUAAACCACAUGGUAAUACUCAAAGAUAUCCCGGAUUCAGCCAUCCUGAAGAAUCAUCAGAAAGGCCAAAUAAACGCCGGCGACGAGACCACCAAAAAUCAGCUCUUGGGAAAGGAUCGGAGGAUGAUGUUAUGUUGCAAGCGGGUCCCCCUUCGGAAAUAUCAUCAUUUUUCUCGCCGAGCCCAAGCCGCCAGUCAGCAAAAGGCAAAAAAGCAAAAGGCCCCGGUCCCAGUAUAGCAGGUGAAUAUCGACAGGUUGAAAACAACAUGAGAAUCAACCGAUCGCAAAUUAGUCCCAAACUUGGUCCUAAUAAACAACGUCGUUUAAUUUCCCCUGAUGAUGAGAGCUUCACCGAAAAUGCCGCCAAGCAGAGGCGCUCCUUUGCGUCAGAUCAAGACGUCGAACUGCUUGAUCUUAACACAUUCAACCAUGAACCAAAACACGAAGUCCUGCAAAGUGUCGAAAUUCAGAAACGCAAAGAAUCUACCCGCGAUAGAGACGCUAGGAAGAGCCCACCCCUUCGAAAUCAGUUUGUCGCUUCCGAUGGGAGGCGACGCAACUCCGAUAUGUAUGAAAGCCCGGAUGAGCUGCAAGGCGCAGUAACAGUUGGGCCAGCACCAAUGACCUUGGAUGAAUCUCGUAAUAAAAACGUCAGAGGCCGAACCGAGGCUGGAGAGCGCGCGGAACCGGCAGCUCCUCAGCAGUCGUCACCAUCCGACAUUCAGCCGACCAACUUCGCAAGCUCGCCUCGCCAAAGCAAAGCCAAGAAGAAUCGCAAGAAAACUAAUCACGGUAAAGGUCCACAAAAUCAACUGCUGUUUGAAGCAACUUUGUUUCGAUGGGGGACCUUUGAGCAGUCGUCGUCCGAUGGGAAGAGUGUUGAAGUGCAUAUCAAUAACCUAGAUGGAACAAUUCGACUGGCUGGAAGGGCCGUUGAUCAAGGAAUACCGUACCGGAGAGUCACACUUAUAUAUCAAGGGCAGCAUCCAAGUUGCAAAAUUCGGUUACGAUUGUCCAAAACAGAGGCAGAGCCCGGCGAUAUAGAUAUCGAGCUAUCGUCUCGGAGGGAACAGGAAACACUAUGUUCCUUCUUUCAGGAUCAAAGUGUGAAAGUGUCAACUAAAGAUAGUGGUUGGAUGGAUAGUGCCUUCGACAAAAGCGCAAGGGAAAUGGCUCGCUGCUCCAACAUAUCCAAGCGCUCUUCUUCUGAAUGCUUUUUGGAGCAAAUUCCAGAGCCAAAGGCUGAGACGAAAACUGAAAAGCCCAAACGGCCAAAGCUUUGUGAUUCUCUUCAAGACGAGAUGAGGGACAGAAGCAAACAAAACACAAUUUCUUCAAGCUAUGCUCAAGAAAAUACUAACCCUUCAGCUACUGCUUAUAGCUCUAUCGUGAUGUCAGACUCCGCUUCUCACAGCCAUUCCUCUCGAGCAGACAACAGUAAUGGCAUUGAAAUCCCCGUGAAAAAGUUUACUGAAGAUCUACCACCUUCCCAACGAGAAACAAGAUCGACGGCGCGCCGUACCGCACCGCCCCAGGUAGUGUGUGAUGACGAUGAGGAUGUCAAUGAUGACCUUGACAAAUGUACAAAAAUUGAACCAAAUAAAUGGGACAGACCACUCGUGUAUCCACGCUUCGGUAAGAAAAAGGCCGAAGUGGAUGCUCAAGAUCGUGAGCGACUCCGAGACAAUGAAUUCCUUAAUGACAACCUCAUCGGAUUCUACAUUCGCUUUCUUGAAGAUCAUCUGGAUCGGACAAACAAGGAAGUCGCGAAGAAGGUCUAUUUUUUCAAUUCAUAUUUCUUCGACACACUCACCAAUCUGCCCAGAGGCAAGCGCGGCAACAUUAACUACGAGGGAGUCCAAAAAUGGACUAGGAAUGUUGAUAUAUUCAGCUAUGACUAUAUCGUGGUCCCUAUCAACGAAACCGCGCAUUGGUAUGUUGCUAUCAUAUGCAAUUUGCCAAAAUUACAAGUAGUUUCUGGGGACAGUGAAGAACUUGAAAAGCAUUCAGAGGAUGAUAAGGAGCCUCAUGUUCAGCCCGAAGCUGAAAUUAAAGAGAUCCCAGAAACCCCUGAGCUGGAGCCUCAUGGCGAAAACGCUUCUUCCAAAGAAGCGGAAGGGGCUCAGAAUGAAUAUGCAGGAACUGCUAAAGAGGAGGUUGCAAGGCAAUCUUUAGCUGAAAUGAGUCUUUUUGACCAACAGAAGCUUGAUGGUAGCAAUUCUGAAGUGCCCCUCUCAAGGGAAGAUUGGCCUGAUGACGAGGAGAACUUGCUGUCCUCCCCUGCGAAAUUCCAUGGACUUAGAGAUAAUGCACAACAAUCCGUGGAAAAAGAAUCGAAAGGCACGCAAAAAUCAAAGAAGCAAAAGAAGAAACAACGGCCUCCACCUGCGAAAUAUGAUACCCGACAGCCGAUUAUUAUCACUUUUGACUCACUAGAUGCAACACGCUCGCCUACGAUCAAAGUACUCCGACAAUAUCUGUCUGAGGAAGCCAAAUCGAAAAGAGGGUUAGAAAUUGACACCAAUGAAAUCAAAGGGAUGAAGGCUCGACAAAUCCCAUUACAGCCUAACUGGUCUGACUGUGGGCUGUAUCUACUAGCCUAUGUGGAAAAGUUUGUUCAAGAUCCAGAUCUAUUUGUGACGAAGAUGCUUCAAAAAGACAUGAAUGUGGAGACCGACUGGCCUCCUUUAAAGUCCGGUCUUCUUCGACUUCGACUUCGCAACUUUCUCGACGAUCUGUAUGACGAACAAGAAGAAAUUGACCCACGAAAGGCAAAAGAGAAUGAGACCAUGGCGGAUAGGCAGCCCAUUAAUUACCUUCUUGGACCUCUACUUGCCAACCAGAUCAACAGCAGCAUUGAGGAUCAUACUCAGCAACAAUCCUUUCCCGUAUCCGAACCAACCUCAAUCGCAGGGUCGUUUCGCACAGAGAAAAUAGAUGAUUCCCAAAAGACCAUGGUCCCUGAGACGCACAUUCUACCUGCGGAGCAGAUGAAGGGUUCCACUUCAGACCAGCCUGAACAACCUCCCAAAAAGAAAAAGAACCGUAUCCAAAAGCCUGCAUCAAAAACAGAGCCAGCACCGCAAACUGACUUGGCAGAAACGGCCACGAAUACAUUGAAGAACAUUGCUGAGCAAAAUGUCGGACAAGAAGUAAUCGAGGUGCCCGAUAGUCAAGAUCGAAGCUACAAGUCAUUGGAACAACCAUUAAGCCGCGGUGGCGAUGCACGGUCCUUUGAAAAUGGGCAAGAUGUGCGUGGAAAUAAAUCCAGGAUGACCGAUCCUGUUGUCGUGGAUGAUGAUAUUGCGAUUGAAGUUCCUCGGGAACCCGUGAAAGAGUCUCGUGUCGAAGUUCAGAUCACUGGAACGCCGUCGCCCCCAAGUGCGCGAGGGAAAGUGCACAAGAGCCCAAGGAACAGACAGAAGAUUUAAACCUCCGGAAAAGAUUUGUUGAUAUGCAAUUAUGACAAGAUGAAUGUUGUGGAUAUUGUGUUCUGUUUCUUUCUGUCCUAUUGUUUUUCUUUUGUUUUAUAGACUGGAUCAUGGAAAUGACCCUGGGCCAGGCGUUAAGGAUGGUAUGGGCGAGUUAUUUUUAUGCCCGUGGAUGCAUAAGAUACCAAGCAUUGCGUAUGGUUAUCACUGUUAUUCUUUCUAAGCAGCA